GCAGCCUCGUCCCAGCCGCCGCAGCCGCCAUUGGAGUCGGCUCCCCCUCGGCUCCUCCGCUGCCUCCCGCCACCGUCCGGCGACUGUCCGCCGGUCCGGCCCGCGUGCGCCUACAGCCGCCGCCGCACCCGCGGAAUUGGCGGCGGGGCCCGGGGCCGCACGCGGCGUGACAGGCCUGGCCUCGCGGGAGGCCCGAGCCGGCGGCGCCCCGGUCCCGCGCUGUGCUGUUCAUGAAGCAUGUCGGCCACCAGCGUGGACCCCCAGAGAACAAAAGGACAAGAUAAUAAAGUACAAAAUGGUUCUUUGCAUCAGAAAGAUACAGUUCAUGACAAUGACUUUGAGCCCUACCUUUCUGGACAGUCCAAUCCGAGUAACAGUUAUCCCUCGAUGAGUGAUCCUUACCUGUCCAGCUACUAUCCACCAUCCAUUGGAUUUCCUUACUCCCUCAGUGAGGCGCCGUGGUCUACUGCAGGGGACCCUCCCAUCCCAUACCUUACUACCUAUGGACAACUGAGUAAUGGAGACCAUCACUUCAUGCAUGAUGCUGUUUUCGGGCAGCCUGGGGGUCUUGGGAACAACAUUUAUCAGCACAGGUUUAAUUUUUUCCCCGAAAACCCUGCAUUCUCAGCAUGGGGGACAAGUGGUUCUCAGGGGCAGCAGACGCAGAGCUCAGCCUAUGGGAGCAGUUACACCUACCCACCAAGCUCCCUUGGUGGCACAGUUGUUGAUGGGCAGACAGGUUUUCACAGUGACACUCUCAACAAGGCCCCUGGGAUGAACAGUCUGGAGCAGGGCAUGAUUGGUCUGAAGAUUGGGGAUGUCACCACCUCUGCAGUCAAGACAGUGGGUUCAGUCGUCAACAGUGUGGCAUUGACGGGUGUCCUUUCUGGCAAUGGUGGGACAAAUGUGAGCAUGCCAGUUUCAAAACCAACUUCUUGGGCUGCCAUUGCCAGCAAGCCUGCAAAGCCACAGCCUAAAAUGAAAACAAAGAGUGGGCCAAUGGUUGGGGGAGCACUGCCUCCUCCACCUAUAAAGCAUAACAUGGACAUUGGCACCUGGGAUAACAAAGGGCCUGUACCGAAGGCUCCUGCCCCCCAGCAGGCACCUUCCCCCCAGGCUGCCCCACAGCCCCAGCAGGUAGCUCAGCCUCUCCCGGCUCAGCCCCCACCUUUGGUCCAGCCACAGUAUCAGAGCCCUCAGCAGCCACUCCAGCCCCGCUGGGUGGCUCCUCGCAACAGAAACGCAGCAUUUGGGCAGAGUGGAGGGGUCAGCAGUGACAGUAACUCUGUUGGAAAUGCUCAGCCUACUUCUGCCCCAAGUGUAGAGUCCCAUCCUGUCCUCGAGAAACUGAAAGCUGCCCACAGCUAUAACCCUAAAGAGUUCGACUGGAAUCUUAAGAGUGGGCGGGUGUUCAUCAUCAAGAGCUAUUCUGAGGACGACAUCCACCGCUCCAUCAAGUACUCCAUCUGGUGUAGCACAGAACAUGGCAACAAGCGCCUUGACGGCGCCUUCCGCUCCAUGAACAGCAAGGGGCCUGUCUACCUGCUCUUCAGUGUCAACGGGAGUGGACAUUUCUGUGGGGUGGCAGAGAUGAAGUCCCCUGUGGACUAUGGCACCAGUGCUGGGGUCUGGUCUCAGGACAAGUGGAAGGGGAAGUUUGACGUGAAGUGGAUUUUUGUGAAGGAUGUGCCCAAUAACCAGCUGCGGCACAUAAGACUGGAGAACAACGACAACAAACCUGUCACAAACUCCCGUGACACACAGGAGGUGCCCUUAGAAAAAGCAAAGCAAGUGCUGAAGAUCAUCGCUUCCUAUAAGCACACAACCUCCAUCUUUGAUGACUUUUCUCACUAUGAAAAGCGCCAGGAGGAGGAGGAGGUGGUGCGCAAGGAACGGCAGAAUCGAAGCAAACAAUAAGGACAAGCUAGUUUCUUGUGGUUAACGGUUGACUUUGAAAACAGUUUUAAAGCUGUAUGCUUGGUGCUGUCUCCACGUCAGCUCCAGUGUCGUCCUCGUGCGGGGUUGAUUGUUGCAUCUUUAUCUUUGUAUUUCAUUUUUGCCAGAUGGAUCUGCAUUCAUUUGUAUUUUUCUAUGUAUUAUAAUAUUGUAGAACUCACUAAUAAAGGAGUAUUUUGUUUGUCAGCUUAUCAGACUGACCUAAUGCGAAAUAUAAAUACCCUUCAAAACAAAACACCUGAUACAUCCCAAAGAUGUUUUUAUUUUGCAGAAAUGGUGAUCUCACUCUUAAACCCAGCCACGUACUAACCCUGUAGGGCACUUCCUGUUUCUUACCCUCUACUGCGUUACAGCAAAUGAGCCCAUUUAGAGAGGGUGCUGUCGAAGUCUCCACAGUACCGCAGUGACUUGCGUUUUACCGUCUUGGUAUCCAUCCUAAGAUGCUGACCUGCCCUUUGGGGUUUCCUACUAGACAGAAAGGUAACUUAGUUACCAGUGUGACCAUGAUUGUGUCAUAGUUCAGUGCUCACGCAGAGCUGUGCUGUAGUCCUCCCUGCCACUGAGUGAGGGUGGGGGUGGGGCUCAGUGGUUGGUCUGGUUCAGCGUUCCCGUUUUAGUUUGUAGAUCAUUUUUUAGUCCUCCCUUUUCUUCACUUGAGAAUCCUGAUGCCAUCUUAAGUUUUUAUUCCAGUAACGCUAAGCUUUAAAUGUAGGAUCUGAUAGUACAGGCAGUGUGAUGGAUGCUGCUGCCGACUGUAAAUUUUACUGUGUGUCUUUUUUUUUCCUGUUGAAUGGGUGAAAAAACAAAAAAUCCUUUAGAAAACAAAUUUGCUAUCAUGUUUUGUGGAAUAAGGGGCCGUUGAAGAGCUUGCCGCCACCUGGAGUUGGAGUUUAGCAUGAAAGGUGCUCAGCCCGACGCCCUCGCAUACCGAAUCUGCACGCGCCCACCGUAGAGGAUCCUUACUGUCUUAGAGAGCAGAUACCUUCUGAAACUAUUUACUCCAAAAGACCCCGAGUUAACGUUUAAGCUGUAUUAUUUAGACUUGUAUUUCGAACGUGUCACUUCCUCGAGCUGUUACUGCCUGUUUGGAGUCGUGGACAACAUCGGAUACCUGUCCUCUAGGAGAAUACAAGCCUUAAUAAACGCCUGUUGAGCAAG